AUCAUCGGCGACAGAAUAGGAGAAGCAUACAGUUAUGGAAACUUAGCAGCUUUAUAUCUGUCACAAGGUAAAUAUCGAAAGGCUGACGAUUACCUUGAGAGAGCAUUGACAAUUAGAAUGGGAAUCGGUGACAGAAGCGGAGAAGCAGCGGGUUACUUACACCACGGGGUGAUUUAUAUUCGGCGUGGUGAAUAUGAUAAGGCUGAAAAGUAUCUCAUGAAUGCCCUUGCAAUUUACAUGGAAACUGGCGAGAAAGAAGGAGCUGUAACCACAUACGCAAAACUCGGAUUGUGUUUCCAAUCACUUGGUAAACAUGACAUGGCUGCAUGAACAACACCUCAAGAAGGCUCUCCUGUUAAGCAGGGAUAUUGGACACUGCUUGAACGAGUUUCAAUUCCUAUGUAAUCUAACGGUGUUGAAGAUAUCACAAACAUCUCUUCUAGAGGCGCACGGCACUCUUCCCUACAAGUUGCUCAGCUGGUUGCUCUCUUCUACCGUAAAGCCACAAGAAGCCCUUUAUGUCGAAGAAUUGAGACGGGCAAGAGGCUUAGCCGACUUGAUGGAAGCUCGGUACUGUGUCGAAGAGCAGAUCUUAGGCAAUCCACAAUCAUGGUGUGGCAUUCAAGAGAUCUUCUGA